GUGUUCGGGGGAAUGAGAAAAUAAGGCAAGACACACCAGAUAAAGGUUUUUCCAAGCAGUGCAUUUUGAUGAGUGUUAUAUUCAAGUCUGGUGUUAGGAACCAGCUUUUCGAUAUUGUUGGUAGACAUACACGGAGUGGCGUCUUGAAUUCUCAGAUUCUGGGCGAUUAAAAAUAGUACGUUUUAUAUUAUUUCUCUUGAAGUAUAUAAAGGGCAUGUAGCCAUGUAUACUUUGCACAGCCAUGCACAUGGUUAUUCUGUAGUUACUCCCAGUGAGGUGCAUAGAAUUUCAGCCUUGACAUUAGAACACUCUACUUUCCCUGUUGCCCUGCGACCGCAAAACCCAGGGAAAGUAUGUUCUGUAUUGCCGGACCAACGCAGCAAGGUCCGCUGGGAGGCUGCCCCUCUGCCUCCCAGGAAGAACCUCAUGGCAAUGGGAGACCAAUCUGGUCCUAUCCAUUGGCCAGUGAAGGAGCCCCAGCGCCAGUGUUUGCCUUCCUUCUCCUUCCCGAUCCUUUUCCCCGUUUGUAUCAUGUGUCUUCGAUUGUAGAACAUUAUAGGUGUUUUUAAGCGCUGAUAUGACUGAAUAACAUCGCUUCUUGCGUGAAAGUUGUACAGGACGUAAAUUAAGAUGGGCACUCCUAUAUACACUUUUCUGGGACUAAAGCCCCACUGAACACUUCUGAGUAAACGUGCGUUGGACUACAGCGUAAGCACAAUGAAACUCGGAGCAAAUUUAAAAUUGAUAGAUGACAGGUUAAAACUACAUCUCCCAGCAUACAUUGUCAAGUGGGGCGGGGCAAAAUAAAAAUUAUUGCUUCAGUGCAUCAUGGGUUCUGUAGUCUUUGCCAGCUGUGCCUUAAGUCUAGACCUGCCGCUUUGCAUUCUGGUGAAUGUAGGCAAUUUAUAUUAACUUCUCCCCUUUCUCCCCAAGAAAUAGCUAAGCCUUAGUGGCCAGUGUGGCACGAAUAUAUAGUUUCCUGCACGAAGCUCACUGUUUCCCAACGCUUAGGCUUCUACCCAGAUACUUGGGAGUAAGAACACAUAGGAUUACUGUCACGCCACAAGUCAGCGAGCUGCGUCGGACUGCAGCCCCAUCCUACGCUGUUAGGUGCACCUAAGUCCAUUCAAAUCAACGGGCUCAGUUAGGCUUGCCCAGUUUAGCGUUACAAGCUCUGUCUCCGAGGGUAACGGACUGUGGGCGAAGCCGCUCACAUGAAGGUGAGCUGACAAAAGCUUGAAGCUGCAACCCUGUAGUCUGCCUAGGAGAAAGCACCAAAGAACUCAACGGGGACUUACUUCUGAGUAGGAAAAAAAAAUCGCAGAGUGUACCAACACUUGUGUCCUGCAUACUCAGCCCGCCCCCUUUCCAUGUUUACGCUGCCAUCGCUUUAAAUGGGACUCUCUCCUUUUUAUAUAUUAAAAAAAGUGUGCACAUGAGCGCGACUCUCGGCAGCCUGUGCUUCCUGAAGGCCGUGGCACUCAUGAACAUGAUUGUUUAGGAAAACAGAAAAGGGGCAGCAGAGGCGCAGUUCGCCCAGGGUGGGCGGGCCUAGCAGCGCGGGGAACAGUGCGCGCUGCUGCUGCUGCCGCCGCCGCCGCCGCGCUUGACUGCGCCGUCGUGGCCGGACUGGGCUCUCUGGUUAAUAAAGGAGGGCGGCGCUGCUGGGCGGAAACGUGACGGGAACAGACGGGGGAAGGCCUAGGAAUGCAAAGUGGGCGACGAGGAGGCGGGGCCGGGCUGGGAAGCGCGGAUGAUGGUGGGUUUGGGGGCGGGAGGGUUGGCGGAGGGGGGCCUGGUUUCCUCUCGCCGGGGCUAUAUAGAGCGCCGAGUGGUGGGAAAAUGUUCACUUUCAGGGGCGAGGUGCUGAGCUUGGGCACAGCCGCAAGGCGGAGGGGACAGGUAGGGCUAAGGCGCGAGGAGCGUGAGAGGGGUAGUAGGAGCAGGAGCAGCAGCAGCCGCGGCCGCCUCACCGCUCAGCCUUUUCCGCGAGCUGGGAAGGUGGCAGCCGGACGCCCCUUCGCGUGAGUCCUGCGGGGCGUGUUUGUUCUGAGAGCGCGGAGGAAGCGCAGCAGGAGCCUCCGAGGGAAACUUGUUCCGUGCGCUGCUUUAACUUGCCGCUCGCGGUGGUCCCCUCAGGGUAGGAGGGCGCCGAGAGAUUUGUCCUCCCUUUAGCGUGCCCGUAGCAAGAAAUAGUGGCCACUGCCGCCGUCACCGAAGGCGUCUGAAAGAGCGAAGCCGGAGGCGGCCCUUGAGGUGCCCUUAGGAGGCUUGGCUGGUGCCUAAGCGCAGAGUUCCUGCCUUAAGCGCGGAAGCAGCUUGCGCGCUCCCUUCGCUGUCCGAGGAGGCAGAGAGCGGGCAGUUUCUCUGCGCUCCUGGCUAUGCUCGGGCGCGCUGCCCCUCGCUGAAUUGUCGAGGCGCGCGCGCUCUCCCGGCUUCUCCGCGCAGGGGGACUCCGAAGUAGCCUUUUUAGGGCGCCGCGAGCUGCUGCUGCUGCUCCUCAGUCGCCCGCUUCUCCUCCUCUCGCUGCUCCUCCCGGCUGCCCGACCCCCCUCCAAGGGAGCCGCCACCAUGAACAUCAUCCUGGAGUUCUUCGUGGUUACCUUCAAGGUCCUCUGGGCGUUCGUGGUGGCCGCCGCCAAGUGGCUCAUGCGGCCCAAGGAGAAGAGCGUGGCGGGGCAGGUGUGCCUCAUCACCGGCGCAGGCAGUGGGCUGGGCCGCCUCUUCGCUCUGGAGUUUGCCCGCCGCCGGGCGCGCUUGGUGCUCUGGGACAUCAACACGCAGAGCAACGAGGAGACGGCGGGCAUGGUGCGGCACAUCUACCGGGAGAUCGCCGAGGAAGCCGUGGUCGCUGCACAGAAAGGUAACCGGGGACGGGGAUGAGCUUGGGAAGCCCCGGGUUCUUAAAAGGCAAACAAGAGAAGCAAGCGCCACUUCCUUCUAGGAAAGAAAAGCAAGGGUUUUUUCUAUCGAUACUUAAAAAAAACAGCGCUCUCUCGCACGUGGUCUACUCGGGAGUAAGCCCCAUUAAGUUCAGUGAGGUUUAUUCCCAGGUAAGCGUGUAGGAUUGCAGCCUUGGGUGCUUUACAAUAAAGUGCAAGAUUCGGAGAGAAGAGGGUAUAGGAAAGAGAAAACAUUUCAAGAGCAGCGGCAAUAGUAGUAGCUGAAAAUGUUACCUCCUGGAUCGUUGCUCUUGUGCAGAGACCUCCUGCCGAUACCUGGACAAAGUUCUAGAUUAACUUUAAGGAUCAUUCUGCCCUCAGGGGGCAAGGGAUGUCUUCUCUUUAACAGAAAUAUGGUGCUGCUCAGGGCAAUAAGGCAGAUUGUGGAGUUCUUUGAUAGGAUGCUUUUCUGGCACACGGAUCUGUACAUGGUUGGACGGGAAGAGAAAGAGACAACGGCUUGUACAGCUUGUAGUGUUCUCCAGAGUGACUUUACCUGCCUCUUUAUCAAGGGUGGCUGAGUUGCAAACAUUCGUAAGUCCUCCUAUUGUGUGAAAAAGUGUUGGGUGGGGUUUUUUAACCAUUUGGUCUUAGGGGAAUACUCCAUUCUUGCCACCCAAGAAGUUUUGGGAGGGAUGCAGUGAUUUAUUUUUUUUACAGAGGCAGAGAUUGGCACACUAAAGGCAAUGACUGGUAUUCAAUUAACUUCUCCUUGGUGUAGACCCACUGAAAUUAAUGGGACUUAACUGAGUCAUGUUGGUCCAUUUCAUUGAGUACUCCAAAUACUGCACAACAGUUUCCUUGGAUUCCAGAAAUUCUAGGCAAGACUGAAAUUGAGGAACUUUUCUUGCUUUGGUAUGCUGGGCUGCAGCGGUUUGCAAAUUUUAAAUUGAAUGUGCAGGUGCUAAAAUAGGAAUAAAAGCAAAUGAGCCCUCGUUGACCAUUUUCAGAAAAUUGUGUAAAGGUCUGGCCACCUCAUCUGAAAUGCACAACCAAGAAUCUGAAGAGGGGAGGAUUAACCAAAUGUUUACUAAUAAUAUUGGAAGCUGCCUUUUGUCUAUCUAGCUCAGUUUUGUCUAUACUACCUGAAAGUGAGACUCCAGGGUUUCAGAUGGGGGGGCAUUCCCAAUCCUACUUGGAGAUGCCAGAGAUUCAACUUGGGACUUUCUGCAUGCAAAACAUAUGUUCUAACACUGAGUUGCUAUGCUCUACCCGACUGUUGCCUAUUCCUGGAACAGAAGAAGAGAAGGAAAUAAUUUAUUCCAAUGGAAUUUAAUAUGGCCAUUAAAUGGAGAGCACCAAGUGGAGAUAGCAAAGGAGGUCUGGGCGUAUUUUGGAUAGUCAACCAACUCAAAACAGUAAAUCUUGUGGGUGGUGAAAUGGGAAUACUCUUUGCUGCCUAUUGCACAGACAUCCAGGUUGUGGGUUGUAUGAGAUGCAGUGUAAUACACAUGGAAAGCAAUGGUCUGACAUAUUUGUGCUGCAACUCUCCAAUGGUUUGACUUUACCCCUAGACUCUGUGACCUGGGAGUUAGUCCCAUUGAACUCAGUGGAACUGGCUUUUGAGUAUACUGUUUAGAAUUGUAGUGUCACAAAUGGCUUCACCAGUUUGUUUCACCACCAUCAUCAUCAUGCUUAAUUUAGCUCAUGUGCACCAUUUGCACAAACCUAUUAAAUGGAAUAGUUGGGUUUUUAAAAAAAACACACCAAAAAAAUGAAAGUUUGCAGUCUUGUUCAUAUUUGAGAAUAAGCCCUAAAUCUACUGAACUCAGUAAGACUUAUUUCUAAGUUAAUACAACAGUCAAGCUGCGUGUUCCCAUACCCUCAAAUUUAAAAACUCCAUCUGAAGUGGUUUGUGGAUCAAGCUGUCCACUUAUUUUCUGAUAUUUAAGCAUUGCAUGGUACCUGACAAUAGUUUUCUUUCUUUCUUUUCUCUCCCCCUACCCCUUGCUUGUCUGGCUUCCUGUAAGUAGCUGGGCAUGGUGAAGAAGUGGUACCUCACUACAACUUGCAAGUCCACACAUAUACUUGUGACGUGAGCAAAAGAGAGAACGUAUACACAACUGCCGAGAGAGUUCGCAAAGAAGUUGGUGAAGUCUCAGUCCUUGUUAAUAAUGCUGGUGUGGUUUCUGGACACCAUCUCCUGGAAUGUCCCGAUGAGCUUAUUGAAAGGACCAUGAUGGUUAACUGCCAUGCACACUUCUGGGUAAGUAUAUCUAUUUAUGUUACUACAUUUGAUAUCUAGUCUGUCUGUUCCCUAUAAAAUGAAAUCACAAUUUGUUCAGGACAGCAUUUGUUUUUGUGUGGCAGCACUGCAUAAUUUGGGCCUUCUGUUACUUUGCCCAUCUUACUCACUGAGCCAGAUCCUGAGAAAAUUGUGUUCAACUAAAAACAACAAUUGGGCAAGUUAGUCUCAACAAACUUUCACCCUGUUGAUUUCAUUGGGACCUGAAUGUGGCUAACACUGUUUGGGUCAGAGUCCCUGGUAUAUAGAGAUAUCUGCUGGCCUUUUUGCCACACUGAUUGAGUCGUUGGUCCACUGAGCCCAAUGUUAUCGCUUACAAAUGGUAGCAUCUGCUCAAAGUCCCAUGCAGAAGCUUUUCCAACAGCAGAAGUCUUGGUUGUAUUACUUUUCAUACUAAGCUAUGCAGCUUUCCCUUGAUUCUUUUGGCUAUCUUCUGUGGAACCAUCGCUAAUAGUCUUUGGUAGUCAACGUGGUGCCUUCCAGAUGUUGUUGAACUCUUAGCUCCCAUCAGCCCCAGCCUGCAUGGUCAAAGGUUAUGGAAGAUGGGAGUUGUAGUCUAUGGCAGCUGGACGGUACCACAUUAAAUAGUAUGGUGUAAGAUAUCCACAUAGAGUUUGAGCAAGUGCUGCUUUUGCUACCCGAAGUUCUUUUGUAUGCAUGUUGGGUUGGAAUUAAUUCACUGUAUUCAAUGAGACUUACUCUUAGGUAAGUGCAUACAGGAUUGCAGCCUAAAGAGUGGGACAAUACAGUUAUGCAGAGAAUACUGCAAAUUUUUCUCUCCUCUGUUUUCCUGGGAAGACUUGGACCAAUGUUUAUAAAGAGCGACUUUUUAAAGACUUUGCCUAAAUACCAGGCUAUAUUCAGAAAUAUUUUCUUGAAUUUCCUUCAAAAUCCACUGCAUAAUAUCCAUUGUCAAUUACAGCAUUUAUACUGUUGAAAUACUCUGCAAACUCCAUGUUACUGAGAGUUCUAAAUAUUUGCUGUGCCUAUCUUAAGAUAGGAGCGUAGAAGACUGGUUCAUGACCCUUAUGUCAAGCAUUCCCUUUAGAACCAUGCUGCAUACUGUUCAGUGAGUAAAGCAUGAAUUGAAGGAAGAUCCAGUUUCAUCAUAUACUACUUGAACAAUGCAGAAGAUAUUGGUUUAAAUGUUUUACAAUUAGAAUGAGCCUGAGGGAUUUUUCUGCAGAAAUGAAAUGCAAACACCCAGUUUAUACUUGUAAAAACAGGGAACUUUGGUAACUGAGUAAAUGCAUGCUUGUGGCAUAGCUGUAAAAAUUUAGAGUUCUUGGAAGUGGUCACUUAUGACAUCAUUGUCAUUAAAAUAUGGGCGGAUCCUAGCCUGCCCAGCUGCUCUUGCUUCAGGCAUCUAAUUCAACAAUAACUUGCAACGUUAUUGUGUAUUCUAAGGAUUCAUUUAAAAAUCCUAAUUUAACAAUGGAAACCUAAUAAUGCAGUGCUGUUCAUGUCUAUUGAAAAAGUAAGUCCCACUCUGUUCACUGGGGGAAACCAGAAAAUGUUUCGCACCCCCUAAGGAUUGCAGCCUUAGGUACGUUUUGAAAAUCAUUUUGAUACUUAAGACAUUUCAAGCUCUCUUUCCCUUUGAAGCACUGCUCUGGAGCUAACCCUUGUCAUGUGGCUUGAACUUGACAGAGCUAUUUCAGCUAAACAAGUCAAUACCUUGUCAUGCAGUGUUGUAUAGUUUCAAGUAGCAACCCACAACCCUUUUCUCUGAAUGCUUUUUAUCAAUAAAUUAUUCUCCGAGGUGGAUGCUCAAGCUGUUCUUUUGUUUCCCAGACCUAGGUAACUGAAUACAUUUGCUAGUUUCCUAAAUGUAGAACAAUAUAAACACAGGAAGAGAAUGUUUAAAUCAUUAAUUUCUGCAAAUUAAGUAGCAAAAGAAAUGGAAGAAGUAAAAAUUGGGAAGAGCCUUUAGUAGGUACAUUGGGGCUUCAAAUUCAGUAUACAUACUUGGUAUUUUACACUGGCUUUUCCAGUUGGUUGACCUUGGUGAAAUUAAAUAGUGUCCACUUGCUUCAGAUUUCUGGAUUCUGCUAUAAUGAAGAAAAGGCAAAGCUCUUUGAGGCAUAAUGAGGGAACAGCUGUCAAACACACACACACACACACACACACACACAGAGAGAGAGAGAGAGAGAGAGAGAGAGGUCUGAAUCACCUCUGCAAGUGAUAAGAAACAAACACUGCUUUUCUUGGGGAAUGUGGUUCCAAACAGGAUUGUUGUUGAUCCAGAGAAUAAACACUGUCAGUGCAACCAAAUCAAGCCUUUUGAACAGCAAUACUGCUUCACCUUCUAUGUAUACCAGUAUGAAUAAUCUUUGCUAGAAUUCUCUAUCAAUAUCUCUUAUAGUGCCAGCAUGGUAGGAGAUGGUGCAGGAUUUCUUAUUUGUUGUACUUCCAAGUAACAUUAAACCAUGGUUUAGUGCUACAUACAUGAUGUCCUCCUCUGGCCGUGUUGUGAUGCUUUGUUGAGAAUAUUAUAAACUUGACCUGCCCAUGGGAAAGUAUGAGUGAUCUGUUUGAAUCCCACUUGGUAUGCAUCUAAGCUUGCUUACAGACUAAUCCUAGGUAUGACUACUGAAAAGUAAGUUCCACUUAAUUCAAUUCCUAGGAUACAGUCCUAUACACAUUUUCCUACCUCCUUAUGACAGUGUAAGCCCAAGGGUAUGGGGUGUGAUAGUUUUUGUGUUGUGUGUUGAUCAGGAGAUCAUCAGCAGGGUAAACACUUAUUGAAGUUAUUGCCUGUUGUACUAAUCUGGGUCUUGCACAGAGGCUGAAUUACCCCCUCGAUAUUGUGAUCAGCCCAGGUAUCUCUUUGUACCUAAGGUGUUAGCUAAGUUCAUUUGCUCCAUAUGAAAGAGAAAAUGUUGCCGUGUUCAAGCCAUAUAUUUGCAGGCUUAUUUGGAACCAGUAACAUGUCCAGAUCUUGUUUUGGCUAGCCAACUUCUCAAGAAAAGUGGCAAAGUUUCCUUCAUUGAACUAGGUUGGCAGGUGGUGUAGAACCUGCCUUAUUUGAUAUGUGGGCAAUUCAACAGACUUUGUAUCUAUUGUGUGUAGCAAUGGGCUAUGUCAAAUUGCAGCAUCUUCUCAAAAAGACAGACUUCCCAAUAGAAGUCCUGCAUUAGGUCUUUGACAACCAUUGAAAAUGAGGGCGCUUGUACAGUCUCCAGGAGUGUAGUCUCCAGGAUUGGUGCAGAGUAGGCAUGACAUUCCUUGGCCACAAACCAUGCCUAGCAGAAAUGGUGUGUUGUAGACAUGCCUGCUCCCUUCCUCUUACUUUUGGUCCUCCUCCUUUCUAUGUUCUGUGUUGAAUCUUUAUCACUGUUAACCAUGGCCAGUGCCACCUGGAUUCCCUCAUGCAAGGACAUGCGGAUUUGUAGCUCUUAUUAUGAUGGCAAUCCAAGUAAUCAUUAGUCAUUGUUAGUACUGAUAUGUAUACACCAGGCUACACCAUGCUUUAGGGCUGGCCCACCCAUGAAGGAAGCUGAGGCAACUGCCUUAGGCAGCAGGAGCCAUAGGGCAGCAAAUUCAAGGAAAGCAUUCCCUGCUGCUGCUGCUGCUAUGGUAGCAGCAAAAUCUACAGCAUACUCCUUGGAGGCCAACUCAUCAGCCCUCCACCCCACAUGCCACAUCUACAAUGGCUUCUUGGCAAAUAGGAGUUGCUGCUGGUCUCCUCCCACCCUUGUUCUUGAUGUAGAUCUUCACUAGUCCCUUCUUCCCUGGCGAGGGGCGCCAUUUUGUGGUUUGCCUCAGGUGCCAAAAUGUCUUGGGCCAGCCCUUCUAUACCUGAAGCAGAGUGUAGGAGAGAAGGGGCAAUUCACAUAGGAGAGAAGGCAGUGUGAGAAUCGGUGGCACACUCCUGCUUUUUUUAAUCUGUUUUAUGGAAACACUUAAGCAGAGCUAAAAAUAGCUUUGAGAUGUCAUGUAUAUAUCUACCAUAUUUGGAGCCUGCACAUUGGCUUUUUGCCUCCUCCAGAGCGAACUGAGGUGGUGCCAGGCAGUACAACAUGCUUAAUAGUACUAUGGACUGUUCUGUGUAUUUAGAAAUACCUUACAAUAUUUUAGUACAACAGUUUGACUAAAUGCAAAGGGGGGGGGCAGGUUCUGUGCAAAAAUCUAAAUAUAGACCAACUGGCUUUUUAGCAGAGGGAGCUUGCUUGUGAGUACACCCUCAAUAUCUUUUAGACACUUUCAUUAACCAGUGAACUUCAGUAAAAUAACUACAGUUAUUUUGGAAAUGAUUCUUGUUAAACCUGCGUUCUCCCUGUGUACUAGGGUUGCCAUGUGUCCUUUUUUUCCAGGAUGUGUCCUUUUUUCCCCACAGGUAAAAUUUCUGUCCUGGCGGAUUUUUUGAAUUUGCCAAAAUGUCCUCAUGCUCGGGCAUGCUGCCGGCUCCAUGGUGUGCCCCCCCCAGCUACGCCUCUGCAUAGGACCGUAAAAAGGAUCCUGCAGGGUCAAACCAUGGGGCUAUCUAGGCCAGCAUCUUCUGUCCCGCACCUCCCCCCCCCCCGCCCCAGACACUGGCAAAUGUGUCCUCUUUUUUCCUCUUUGAAUUAUGGCAACCCUACUGUGUACUAUCUUUCUCUCCCUUAACACACUGCAUUUAUUUAAAUUGUAAGAUAGUAUGAGCCUGGGACAGUUUAAGCUUACCCAAAGAUCUACAUACAGUGGUUAAGAACUUAAUUCGUUCUGGAGGUCCGUUCUUAACCUGAGGUACCACUUUAGCUAAUGGGGCCUCCCGCUGCCGCUGCGCCGCCGGAGCACGAUUUCUGUUCUCAUCCUGAAGCAAUAUUACCCAAGGUACUAUUUCUGGGUUAGCGGCGUCUGUAACCUGAAGCAUCUAUAACCCGAGGUACCACUGUAUUUGUUAGCUACGUAACUUGCAUGUUGCUUCCCCCCCCCAAUCCCUUAUCAAAUGUAUUAUUUGAUCCUUGGCUUAGCUUCCACUAUUGUGUUGAUCCUAAGAUUUGGCAUACACCAGCUGAAAUAGGAAAGGAGGAGCAUGAAAAAACACUCCUGUAUAAGUUGCACUUGGAAGUAUUUUGAUAAUUCUUGGUAGUUAGGUAUGGGCGCCCAAUAUCCUAGAACCGUGAUAGGUUAGCUGGAAUACAAAGAACAGGAGUGGAAAUAGAACUUCAAAUGUAUAACAUUUCUACCUGUGAACAGGAAGAGGUUGGUGAGUUUAGCUUCUUCUGUCCUGUGCCUGCCCCGCCCUGUAGCCUGAAGGUCUUGGCUUCUGCUUACUACAAGUUGCUAAAUACUUUUCAAAGCAAAGGAGGCUCCCCCCCCAUACCUGGGUAUCUCUUUAUCCCUCUAUCUAACUGUAAUUCAAAAUAAUUUACACAUGCCUAGGUACCGUUAUAUACCUGUUCAGGUUUCUGGGUCCUCCAUCCUUCUGUUUCUGAAAUUACUAUCCUUCUGGAAAGGAACAAGAGAAUUGCUUGAUGGGGGAAAUGCAGUGUUGGCUUCUUCAUUGAAACAGAAGCCUCACACUGAACUCUACUGGCUUAGAAUGAAUGUUUAACCAGCUCAAGUUCAUUUUCCUAGACCUUGGUUCCCUGGGAAUGACACACCCACACACUCUGUUUCCUAACUUCCUUGGCACUCUAUUCUUGUCUGUCCGUAGGUUCUAGACAAUCCCUUCAGGCCAGAACUGUUUCUUCUGUGCUUACAUACUAUGUUUCCUUUAAAAAGGAGCAGUGUUUAUUCAUUUAAUUGUUAAUAACAGCUUGCCAAAUUGUCUCUUGGGAUUCAUUCAUGGAUGAUUACAUACCAUCUUCCAUGCAGCACUCAAAGAUCGGGCCGAAAGGGGGCAGAUUUUCAGGUAUUAUAGGAAAGUAAAAAGGUUGAGCACAGCCACAAGCCGUAACCAACAACAAACAUUUCUUGUUCUAGGAUUUUAAGUGGUGCGCUCUUGCAACAUAGAGAUGAAGCUAUUGCAACACUCAAGUUUGUUUAACUGGGCAGGGUGAAAGUAAUGCACCUUUUAAAUACCGGAUUAGAUCAAAAGUACCCCUCAAUAAGCAGAGCUGCACAAUUGGCAAUAUUCCAUGAUGGAGCUCUUGCUUGACAAUAACAUUUCCCGCUGCAAGUGAAGGAGCCUAUGUUUAUAGACAGAUAAAGAUAUAUCCUUGUCUUUGGCAACACUGCUUUCAGUUCACCUAACAUUCAAGCUGUGGGUAAAACCUCAGUGCCUAGGGCUUGCUGAUCGCACGGUCGGCGGUUCGAAUCCCCGCGGCGGGGUGAGCUCCCGUCUUUCGGUCCCAGCUCCUGCCCACCUAGCAGUUCGAAAGCACCCGUAAGUGCAAGUAGAUAAAUAGGUACCACUUUAUAGCGGGAAGGUAAACGGCGUUUCCGUGUGCUGCGCUGGUGCUGGCUCGCCAGAGCAGCUUCGUCACGCUGGCCACGUGACCCGGAAGUGUCUCCGGACAGCACUGGCUCCCGGCCUCUUAAGUGAGAUGGGCGCACAACCCUAGAGUCGGACACGACUGGCCCGUACGGGCAGGGGUACCUUUACCUUUACCUUUAACAUUCAAGCAAGAUAAAUUAUCAGAGUUCAGGGACGCAUUCCAGCAGCCAAAAACACUUGGGGCUGUGAAGCAGGGAGAGUAAGGAGGUGUGGUCUGGGGAGAGUUCUGAGGGCCAGGUAAGAGAGGACUGGAGGGUCGCAUUUGGCCUCAGGGACUGAGGGCCCCCACCCUGCAACAAGAGCUUGAGCAGGUUCACACUUUUCAUAGAAUCAUAGUAACAUUGGAAGAGACCAUGAGGCUCAUCUAGCCUAAACAACUGCAAUGCAGGAAUCUUUUGCCCAACGUGGGGCACGAAUUCACAGCCCUGAGAUUAAGAGUCUCCUGCUCUACCCCAAUAGAAACCCAUUUUUUUAAAUGCGGCAGCAGCAGUAGCAUUUCCAGCUUUGUGCUAUAAGGAAAAGUUUCUUCUUAAGAAAAGGCAUUUUUUGCAUGCAAAUUUCUUAUCCGUUUAAAAAUGGGUUUCUACCUAUGCAAAAAGGAACUUGCUCAGACCCUUUGGGCUAGUCAGAAUCUAACACUGAUAAUGUGUACGCUGUAAAAACUGAGUAUUGCCCCCUUCCUUUGUUUCCCAUAAUGGCUCAUCACCCAGGCUAUCACCUCAAUGAAGGAAGCUAGCCUGGCUUAUAUUUUAAUGCUUGCUAGAUCCAGGGGUCAGAAGGGUCUAGGCAAACAGGUCUCUCCCCCCGCCCCGCCCCCGACUCAGAAGUACAUACUGUGACCUAGUUUUGCACAUAAAACUUAACUUUAAACCACGGCUUAGCAUUAAUGGAUGGAUGGGUUCUUGGAGAGGAGAUUGUGGUCACUGCAGCUACAGAACAGUGCAGUUAAAUAGGUUAAAUGGUCCCAUUAUAUCUAGCACUCUUAAGAAAACAUGUUUAUGUGGAUGUGAGUGACGAAGAAUAAUGACACAUGAGUUGGUGUCGGGGGGGGGGACAGUAUAGAUAUUUGCAUAAUUCAUUUAUUUCAUAACCAAAUGUAAACGUGGCUCUGGGGCUAAUCAAAUGAAGUGAGGAAUUCUCGCAAGUAGCAGUGGAAUGCAUUAGUAAGUGGGAUUUAAGCUUGUGGUGCUAAGAAACUUCCAACGUAUAAUGAGCUGUGCAAAACAAAAGGUGACUCCUUUAAUGGGGCUUGGCUGUUUAGAUUCUAUACCUAAAAAUAAACUAACCUUUACAGGUUUUUCUUUCUUUGCUGUUCUUUUUUUUAAAAAGUGUGUGCCAACUGCUUUUGCUUCCUGAUAAUCCUGAAUUAGGGUAGGCUGUGUGCGUCUGUCUUGAAUAGACGAAAUAGUAGUAAAGCAAUGGCUAAACAAUUUGGAGCUUGCCACUGACGUUAAAUGUAAUUGGUUUUAUUUUAUUCAGAGGCCAGAAAUCUUAACACUUGAUUGUGUACAUAGGCAAGUUCUAAGCCUGCAUCAUGAAGUUUGCCAGUGUUCAAGACUUAUCUGUCUGUCCCCAAGUCCUUGACCCAAAUAAUAGCAUAGACCCAGAUAAUAGCCUUUUCAGGUAAUCCUAGCAUUUCUCAGAACCUUAACAGGGGGACCACUGAGUAAUCGGUACCUUCCCCGGAUAUCUUGCCUCUCUCUGCCAUUCUCCUCUUCCAGUGCUUCAGUGUAGAACAGGCAUAGGCAAACUCGGCCCUCCAGAUGUUUUGGGACUACAACUCCCAUCAUCCCUAGCUAACAGGACCAGUGGUCAGGGAUGAUGGGAACUGUAGUCUUAAAACAGCUGGAGGGCCGAGUUUCCCUUUGCCUGGUGUAGAAGACUAUGUGUUCCAGGCCUCACCUUUGGCUUACAUUGGACAAGAGUGAAUUCCAACAGCCUGGCCAACAGAGUUGCACCUGAACAGAAUACACCUUGGAGUCCUAUGCAAAGCACAGGAUGUUUAUGGCAAGCACAUCUAUGUGAAAAGGGUUCCCUGGAGAUCAGGGCUGGAUUUAGGUUUGAUGAGGCCCUAAGCUACUGAAGGUAAUGGGGCCCUUUAUAUAGCAGGUGGGGCCCAUUACUUAUAUCAUAGGAAGCUACACAACACAAAACACUGUUGCUGUAUGUAGGUUUUAUUUUAUUUGUUUUUGAUCUUAUAUUUUGGAAAUGUACAUCCAGGUUUUUUUCCCCCUUUAAAUUUUUUGAGGGCCCCUAAGAGAGUGGGGCCCUAAGCUAUAGCUUGUUUAGCUUAUACGUAAAUCUGGCACUGCUGGAGAUGGAAAGUUUUGAAAACCAUUGGCGCAUGCUAUGGAAGUGGCAGCAUCUGGCUGGGCUGAAAGAAUGUAUUGGGCAGCGCUGCAGUCUUCGUAUUCUAGCCUUAGCCUAGUUCUUUGGCUAGGGUUUAACAUUUCUGUGGCAGACAAAUGGCUGUGACAAUCAAAACCUGAUUUGUUGACUCCUUAAGCCAAUAUUUGAACAACCCAUUCCUACAGGGAUAAACUUAGGACGUAACCCACUUCUUAGCCUACUCCCUAGAAACUCUGGAGAUACCGUCCCAACUUCUGUGGUCUCAUUAACAAGACGUGUGUUCCUUUCCCCCUCUCCUCUCUGCCCCACCUCAUGUUUCCAUAAAUACCUUAUUGGUGAAUGUAGACUGACAGUUGCUGUUAACCUAUGCAUUUAUUACUUUAUUUACAGCACAUUCUGCAGAAGCCUUCCCUUGGUAGGAUAUUAUGCAAAUGCAGGAUAUUAUGUUUUAUUAUUUUGGGCUAUUUACUAAUCGUGGGUAGUGAAAUGGAGGCCUGUGGGCCUGAUCUGACCUGCUAAGCCUUCCCUAAAUGGCCCACUGAUCCCCCAACCCAACUUUGCAGCUUUGAAGAGCACCAGCAGGAACGGAACAAUCUUCAUCUUCAUCAUAGCGCUGGGCUGAGCACCUCUGCCCAGCACCACGGUGAGGAUGCUGAUCACUCUCCCCUGCUAUUCUGAUCUGCAGGGAGAGGAUACAGUCUUCAUGUCCCAUGGAACCGGGUGUUGCUCAGCCCAGUGCCUUGUUGGGGAUGCAGAUUGGCAAGAUUUUCCUCCUUUUCCCAUUCAAACAGAGAGGGUGAUAUGAAGGAAAAUUGCUUCCACCACCACCAUGACAAUGGGGUGGGGCAAAUUUUCCUAAGAGAGACAAAGAUGGCCACACCCACUUCAAUUUUGCCACUUCUACCGCUGGGAUAUGACCCUUGGUGGGUUGGCCCACAAUGAAUACAACCUAUGGACUGAAAAAGGUUAGACUUUCACAAGUAGGAGGAUAUCAGUGGGAAAGCCCUUUUAGCUCUUGGUUCAAAACUGAAUGUGCUCCUAAUAUACACAGGAGUAGUUUACACUAAUGUUGUCAUCUUUGAAGGCUUGGUAUUUCAAACAGCUCUUAGCAGUUACUGGGUGAUUAAAGUCAUGCUUGGAGCAGACCCAAUGAAAACAGUGGGCUGACUUGCACCCAUUGAUUUCAAUGGGUCUGCUUUGAAUAUGUCCAAUAUUGGAUAAUUGACUAUUAUUUAUCAUGGCAGUUUACAAAGAAUGAGGGCAGGACCCUGCCCAAAUAAGCUUACGCUCUUAAAUUCUGACAUGGGGAAGACAACAUCAAAAAGGAAGCAGAGGCAGGUGUGUGUUCCCUUUGGCAUCUCUUUGCAUGCACGUCUAGGCCUCAUGGUCAGAGAAGAUUUUUGAAAGUGGGUAGCGCUAUCUGCUGAAUACUAAACCUUUAUUAGCUCUUAAGGUAGGACUUUGGUGUACUCAGCAACUCUGUCCCUAUUCAUAUUAUCAAAUGUGCAUAGCUUGCUUUCUUCCAGCGGAGGACAAGUAUCCUAGAUCCUACAGAGCUCUAUACAGAUUAAACACAUUUUCAGCACAUUUUUAAGCAACUGUAUUCAAGUUGUCUCAGUGGGGAACAGUUUGGUAAGUCAUUUUGAAUUCUACCUAUCUGAGAGUAAGAGUAGCUGCCAUGUGAAAUUGAGGUAAUUCCUUGUAUGGCUGUCUAACCAGUUAAACCAGUUCUUUCAUGAUGUCAGGAUGGUGCAAAGAAGCUGGUUAACAGGACAGAGCCAAGAGGAUAUGAAAUUUUCAUUGUCCCUCCCAACUGCUCCAUUAAGUAGAUUCCAGUGCUGCUAUAGGGCACUACUUUUUAGCAUCUUACCUGAUGGGUUGGGGGGGGGGUUAGUCUGCAACACAAUUCUAGUGCUACACACAUUUUAGCACUGUUCAAACAUUUGCUGUUCCAUUCUUGCAUUGUACUCUUGUGUGGGUGCUUUUAAAGUAGUUAACAAGCUUUCGUAAUUCAUAUUUCUUGGUAUUUUUGAGCUGUAAAAUUUUGUCAGCUAUUUUAAAAUAUUGUAUGGUAUCUUCCCAAGACUAUAAAAUAACAAGCAAAUAAUUCAGCUUCAUAAACUUUUCUCCAAAAAGCCAAUGGCUUUUAUACACAAAUUAAAGUUUGAACUUGUGUUUACUGAUUGAUUGAUUGAUUGAUUGAUUGAUUGAUUGGCUGCUGUGGUAGAUGAACUUCCUUUGUUAUAUCCUCAUAACCAUAGGAUUAUAGACAACUUGGUUUCAUUGUUCUUGUUGUGAUCGUGUCCAUAACGUUAAUCUUAAAAAUGGUAAAAAGUGGUUGCAGAAUCACCUCUUGUAAUCAGGAUAGGAAACUUUCUAAAGGGUAAUUUAUGACUUCUGACUAAUUCACACAUUCCCACUAGAAUAUAUCUAAAUUGGUUCUGCCCCAUAUAGCAACUGCCUUUCUCUUCUAAAUAAGAGCUAAUCAACAUGAAUCAGAAACAAGUUACAUGACUGAGGAGGGGACCACACUAUGGAGUCUGCAAUUUGAGGAGGUGGAAAAGCAAUUCAGGCCCUAGAAGGCAAAGUUUCUUUGCAUGUAGAAAACUAGUGUGUCAGAGGAGGGUUCCAGGAUUAGCCCUCUCCCUGCUAGUUUUCUAAGUGUAGGGAGUUUCUACCUCGUCCCAAGGGAUUAUUCAAGCUGAACUGUAUAGUAUAGUCCAGGAAAAAUGGAAUCCUGCGAUUCCAUGGCUAUUGGCUUCUAUUGGGGACAAAAUGUUUGUGCCAGAUUUUAAUAACUCUUCAGAGCAUUGGGUGUAGAACUUUUGUUGUGGAGAUAAUGAAGAUCCUGGAAAGAAUUCAGAUGAAACUGAGUUCAGAUGUAUUGCAUUACUCCAUGGUGUUAUGGUUCAAGGAGCUGGAGGAAGAAGGCUACAUGUGAAGCCAUUUCUAGCAAAGCUUCAUAAAAGGAACUUUUGUUACUAAAAGUACAGUACAGAGAGCAACUUUAAUCGAGGUAGUUCUGAGUGGGUUUGUGGUAUGGGAAUUGGAUCCAGACUUCAUGAGUGCAGAACUUGAGUCACAGGAUGUUCCUACCAGAGGGGUGAUUUUUCAAGAUUUCUCUUCCCUGCUGCAGCACUCUGUACUUCCCAAAAAUCUGCUCUGGACUGUUGGAGGACCCUCUAGAAUAGUGCAGCAAGGGAACAGGGAACUGGCAAAUAUCACUUCGUGUUCCCUUCGUCAAGUGAGAGCUUCUACUGGAACUUAUUUUCUAAGGAGGGGAGAACAAGUCUGGGUCUCACCCCUUCUGUGUGAGAGAGGUUUCUUCAGUACAUGAAGCCAGAAGAGCCCUAUGAUAGCAAUCUGAGAACCAAACUGAAGCUAGGCAACCAAUGGAGAUUAACUGAUUUAAAUUUUGAAUUGGGAACAAUGACACCAUGUCAUUAUAUUACAACAAUCUUUCUCCCAUGAAUAGUAUCUCCCCCCCCCCCAAAUGAAGCAAAGGAAAGCAUGAGAUAGAGUGGGAAACAGGAGACUUGAAAGUAAGUAAGUACAACUUACUAGCCCCAACAACCCCUAUCCAUCAUGCCAGCUUUUGCUCUCACAUUUCCCUUCUGCUUUCUACUCCUGAACAAUUAUGUUUGUUUAAAAGUGCCACAUCUGCAGAAUUGUGUUGUACCAAAGACCAUGAUGUCCUAGAAUAAACUGUUCCCUCACAUGGCAAUAAAUGAAGCCAUAGUUCAGUCUUCGUUGAUACCGAAGAUGUUUGCAGAUGCCUCUUGCUUCAAGAGGAGGGAGAAGCUCAGAACAUGAUGGUUGGGUCUGGGCACACAGAACUGUGUGUUGGACUUGGUGGAGUCCAACAGUUGGUACACCCUGAGAACUGAGUGUUUAUAUUAAGUUUUCUGCAUUUGUAGCUGCAGAGAUACGUUUGAAAACAUGCAAGCUCUCUUCUGUAAAAUGCUCAGCGCUGGAAACUGUUAGUCCUACAAGAUACAAUAUCAGCCCUUUCCUUGGUCCUCCAGUCAUUUUCCAUCACUUGCCCUGCUUGCAAGUGUGGUAGAUGGUGAAAUUAUCUGGUGGCAGCUUCUCCAACAAGCAGGGAGAGGAACAACACAGGAAUAGCAGUGCAAUUCCUAAUUAUCUCUUCCUUAUAACUACAGGUUUAAAAUGUACAUUAUUGGAAAAAACAGCAUGCACUAUAUUAUGCUUACAUAGUAUGACUUCCCAGCACAAUUUUUGACCCAGAUUUUUGGUAGCACUUGGUCCUUGCAACAAAACUUACAAGGCUCAUGUUUUGAACUCCUUAAAAGGAUGAUGACCGGGGGGGAGGGAGGGCCUCAAGCAAACCAGGUUAGUUCUGUAGUGCAACAAAUCCUUCAUUAAGAGCCAAUGCAAGAAACUGAGAAUGGGAGAACCUGUUAAUCUUCUGUCAUCCACUAGCUGCCCAUUGAAAACACAUGUUUGUGUGGUGUUCAGAGGUUUGAGCUAGUCAUUUAACACCUGCGAACAGAAAUGCCUCACCAAGAACAUGUGAACAUUCUUAGAGCAAAACUGUUUUGAUGUCUCUGAUUGGAAAAAGCAGAGACGCCAUAAGAAUGGAAUUAGAUUGAGUCAGCAGCAGUCUUUUUCUAGCUGAAAUUGUUUAGGCUGUCAGUUACCUAGUGAACAAAUGCAGCGAGUGGUUUAAGUUCAAGAAAAUUCCCCACCUUUUUAGCUUUCAGUAUUUCAAAAUAAUUGUGUUUGUUUAGAUUAGGAAGCCACUUAACUUUAAAAGCCGCUAGUAUUGGUUUGGAUGGGGUGGGGGGGCUUCCUUAAUAGUACUGAACUAGUGGUGUAGCAAUUUAAAAAUGAGCCCUGUUUCUGGCUUACAGAUGCAGUCAAUUUGGCAGAAAUGCGAUUCUAGCACAGAGUCACUUCCUGCAACUGCAUGGCAGCUGCAAAGCAACUGCUGUAAAGUAAUUAUAGAUGGCUUAAUCUUUCAAAUAUAUUUCUGCAGGUGGAAUCUCAGCAAAGUCCAUGGAGGAAUAUGCAGGUGUCAUGAGAUGAGAUUAUACAUGGAGCUUUGUGGAGACUUCAUCUGUUGUUGUGUUGGCCUCUUAGCAUGCCUGUUACAAUGUGAAAAACAAGUCAGCCAUACAUUAAUCUGAGCAAUGUCAAUAUAUUGUUGCAGAUUUCUAAGUACAACAAGAUACAUAUUUUUAAACACACAUUCCUCGCUUAUAAUAGGAGCUUUUUGCCAGAAUUGUGCAGUGUAAAAAUUAAAGAGUAGGGGAGGGAAACUAGGAGGAAAAACAGAUUAAAAUCUCCACUCACCCAUGAAGCUUUCUGGGUGACCUUGUGCCAGUCUCAUAGGGAUGUUAUGAGGCUAAAAUGGGAUGGACAGAGAGACAACCUUGUGUGUUAUGACUACUUUUGCAAACUUGCUGUCUCUUAGACAAGUUAGUCUGACCACUUGACUUUGGGAGAAAGGUAAGUAUAUCUGUCCUAAUGGAAACUCUGGGCAUAAUUGUAAUCAAACUUAGGGUGCUACAUUUUCUCUGUAAGAAUUAUCUCAGGGGACCAUUCACUCAAUUGCCUGCAGUCUUGUAUUUUGGCUGAUGCAGAAGUAGGCCAAUGAAUGGUAGGCACUUACGUAACAAACUCGUGUGCUCUUGCUUUGUAGACCACUAAAGCAUUCCUUCCCAAAAUGCUGGAAUUGAAUCAUGGACACAUUGUGACUGUUGCAAGUUCCCUUGGCCUGUUUAGUACCGCUGGAGUGGAGGUUUGUUAAGAUUACUGUACUUUAAAACUGAUCUUGCAUGUCUAAGUGCUUCAUGCUGUUGUUGAACCUGCUGGUGUACAAAUUAACUCAGACUUCUGGGAAGCUCACAGCUCUAACUUCUGUUGAAAAUUCAAGGUUCAACUUGAAUUCAGUUGAGUAACCAUCACUUUAGGUUUUUUACUUUAUAGAAAUGACUUCCUCAGAAGAGUUAGUGCGGAGAAUAAGAAUGAGCAACACUUGUUGAAAUACCAGCAGUAUGGUAUUUAAUAGUCGUCAUCCCCCCCACACGCCAUACAUGGUAUUACAUGUACCAAAAAUUACCAUUGUAGGUAUAGUGAAGGUUAGAUCAGGGUUGGAGAACCUGUGGCCAUCCAGAUGGUGUUGGGCUCCAGCUUCCAUCUGUUCCAGUCAGCAUGGCCAAUGGUCAGUGAUGAUGGGAGCCAGACUCCAACACCAGUUGGUGGGCCACACGUUCCCCAUCCCUGGUCUAGAUGUUGCAAGGCAGCAUUCCUGCUUGAGACACUUCAGAAUUAAAAUACAGUACCAGUGACAUGACAGAUUUCAAAAUGAUAGUUGUGUGAUCAAAAUGGAAUAAGGUACCUCCUGUCUGCUCUCUUUCCUAGCCUCACACUAAGUACUUCUGGAGCACUCUGCCCCAUACUGUGUGGUCAUCAUAAGUGCUGGUGGCUUGAUGAAAACAAAGUGUUUACUGGUCACUCCUCUACAUAAAGUUUUUAUGUACUUAAAUAUCAAUGGUGGUCUUUCGUUCUGAUUUAAGAAGGCACAAUUGUGAACCACUGUGGGUGGUUUUUUCUUUCACACUCCCAACAAUAAUUCCACUAAUCAACACUGAUUGUCUAAUUUAGCCAUUGUGCUGCAACAGGUUGUAAAAAGCAGAACUUCUUAGUGAGCAAACAAGCAAGGCAGAAAAGGAUAUAGAAAUGCUAAAGGAGAAGCGGUUUAGACUUCAUAUCCCUGGCUGGCAAAUAAACAAUGGCAGAUUACCAGACUAAGCCACCCACACCUUCAGGUGGUCCACAAGCAAGAUUGUCUCCCAGUUACUUUUCCCAUUGUGUGUUUCCUUCUCCCCUGAUAACCCAAGUCAUGAGGUUUCAGAAUGAAAGAGAAUAUGCACUUCCAUACUGAUGGGGCAUUUCUUCUUGUAUUAUGACUUGAAGCUGACAACUGACUUCACAAUACAUUCCUGCCCCUCAUUACACUGCUACAUAAAGCUAAUAAUACAGAUGAGAAGAAAUUAUUUCAGUUAGUGCUAUCACCGCUUAGAGGACUUUGAUUAAGUGAUAUAAUGAUUCAAUAGGAACAUGAACGGUGCUUUCAAAUCUGUUCACUUUAUUUUUGCUAUAUUUACACACUUGCUUCUUCCAAUCUAGGAUUAUUGUGCCAGUAAAUUUGGAGCAGUGGGUUUUCAUGAAUCUUUGAGCCAUGAACUGAAGGCAGCUGAAAAAGAUGGCAUUAAAACAACAUUGGUCUGUCCUUACCUUGUAGACACAGGAAUGUUCAGAGGCUGCAGAAUUAGGUAAGCAAACUAGCUUGUUUUUUCUCAUCUCCAGUAACUGUGGAAAAAAUAAUAGCUAUAUCAAAUGCCACAAAAAUGACAUGUUUUGGGUCCAGUGCAAUAAAAGAUCUACAUUGCAAAACAUAAAUAUGAUCUCUAUAACUUUGUUCAUGUAACAGGGAAACAAAAAUAUUAUUUGAAGCCAAGGUGCAUUUUGCGCUUUCACUUUUUGAUGUGUCAUAAACGCCUCUUAUAUCUGGUAAAUGUACAGACUUGUUUAAUCUAGAUCAGACUUUAAUUUAGAAACGCUUCAAAUGGCAUAAUCUGACCCAAAUUAAACCAUUGACUCUCAUAUUAAAAUCAAUGGGACUUAAGCUUAUAUUUAAACCAUUCCUUUUGAAGUAAAAAGUGGCUUUAACUCUGGCUGAAUCUUCUCUCUGCAUGUAUAUUUCUAAAAUGAAGCUUUCGUUUUUCUUUUUCAGAAAAGAAAUUGAACCUUUCCUUCCACCACUGAAGCCAGAUUACUGUGUAAAACAAGCAAUGAGAGCUAUACUUACAGACCAACCUAUGAUUUGCACACCUCGCCUGAUGUAUAUGGUCACCUUCAUGAAAAGGUGACUAUCUUGGAAUCUUGGCUAGCAGUUAAUGUAUAACUUUUAACAGACCAAUGGGUACCCAGUAUAUUGGAGUGCUGUACAUCUUGGACUUGCUCUUACUAGUCUCACCCCUGGAAUACUUCUUGUCAGAGAGUCCGAUAGCAUAAAUCAGGCAUAGGCAAACUCAGCCCUCCAGAUGUUUUGGGACUACAGCUCCCAUCAUCCCUAGCUAACAGGACCCAGUGGUCAGGGAUGAUGGGAACUGUAGUCUCAAAACAUCUGGAAGACCAAGUUUGCCUAUGCCUGUCAUAAAUGGACAGCUAGAAAAGUUCUGUAGGAACUUGUGUUGGUGGAAAAACUUCUCAAGUGUACAAUAAUAUACUUAUAAUGUUUGAUUGAAUAAUUCAUACAAGUCAAGCUGUGUGGCAAGAGGAAAACAGUGUUUUUGAUAACUACACUGGAAGUGAAAUAGUUUUGGAUCCCAAAUACAGCAGUCUUUCUCUGAAUUAAUAAAACAAACCAUUCCUGAGUAUUUGUCUAGAAAGGUGCCUUUGGUGCCCUUUAUGUCAGCAUUCUCUGUUCAUGGCACAGCACUAGAAAAGGUAAAAAGUUCAUGGGCUGUAGUAGGGAGAGAGAGAGAGAUUUCUCCUCACCCCAAUUAUUUUAAUCUUAUAUUGGCAUAUUAAGAAUGCACACACAUCCCCCAGAACAGCCUAUGUGGAUCACAUGUUAAGGCACUUAACUAACGCUUGGACCUUGUGUUUGAAAUGUUAUAGUUUGCAGUGCAGAAAAACUACACCACACUAGGCCCACCUGGCACUCAUAUUUAAUAAAGGAUUCCCUCCCAAACAGCCCCCCUUUCGUCCAGCUGCUAAGUCUCCAUAUUGUGGAAUCCACAGGUGGGAAUGGGGGUAGUGGAGGCAUCCUGGCCUCCUUAAUUUGGAUCAUAAGCGGGGGGAGCUAAUCAGCACUAAGUUAUCUGCUCUUGCACUGUAGCUUCAGUUCUGGAGAACUCCCACCCCCUCUGUUUGCCUUCUGAUGAUACACACAAAUUCAACUUAAUUGGCACAAGCUCCUGCUUGCACAGUGAAGCUAAUGGAGGCAGCAGCAGCUAUGCCCAUUGCUUCAGUAGGCAACUUUGACAAAUAAUUCCAUUGCCAAAUAUCCUGGAUCUGAAGAAGUUCUUGCUUUUCAGUUGAAUUCAAAUUUCUGGGGUUUUUUAAACUGAAAACUGGCAUCAACAAAGGCAUGCAAAACAAAACUGGAAGUGUUAGUAUUGAUUCAUCUAAUCUCUGAAAGGUUUCUACAUAGUGCCCCAGCAAGUAUAUAGCAAAAACUAGUCCAAUGUCAAAAUCUUCCUUCAGUUAAACAUCAGUGUGGCACUCCAAUUUCUGAUGGGGGCGAGGGCUACCCUGAAAUUUCUGUGAAGUGUUCUAGGUCUCCCAUUGUCUAUUUCUCUUUUAAAACUGAGGCUCUUUAACAAUGCUCAGAAAUUGGGGGCGAGCAAUAUCUGAAUAUAAACUUCUAAUAGCUAUCUGACAUUUUAAACAUUUGUCAUACACAGUCGUAUAUUUAAAGUAAUCAAUGAUUGUUAUUGCAUCAAGGCUUUGUUUACUCGUACAAAAGAUUAUUUCAAAAGGACUAGGCUGAAAAUAGCACAUUGUCUUUUGUCUGUUUUUCUUACUUUCAAGGAGAGGUCAGUAACUGCAGACAGUAUUUUUAGCUUUCUGGCAUUUAUGUCUAAAUAAAUAAAUGCAUCAUAUGUAAAUAUUGAUACUUAUUCUUGUUUUUUUAUAUUGUAUUUUUACCCUGAGAUCUACAGAUGAAGGGCGGUAUACAUAUUUAAUAAACAAUAGCAAUUCUUCACCAAUUGUCAUCUAAAGUGUUUUAUAACAUUUCUUAUUUUCUUCCCCCUCUCAGCAUCCUGCCUUUUGAAGCAGUUGUGUGUAUGUACCGGUUUUUGGGAGCAGACAAGUGCAUGUACCCUUUCAUUGCUCAACGAAAACAGGCCACAAAUAACAAUGAAGCAAAAAAUGGAAUUUAACAUUUUACAAAGGACUGGUGUUUGUAGCUGAAUUAUGUUCAAAACUAAGUGACUGAAUUGUGAAGUGCACUUGCAGUUAGCAGAUGCAAUAGUUAACAUUUUACUGUGGUAUUCUCUUGGAUCCUAUACCUGUAUAGUGAACAGAAAAUCAAUGUUUUUACAUACUGUAUAUAAAGUAAUAGAAUUCUUGGAAACUGUGAUGGGCAAAGUGAAUUUAUAAAAUGUAGUGGUCACCCUUGUCCCUUUUGAAACUUCACUAAAUGUACAUUAGCAUUCUACUCUUUUGUAAACAAACUGUGUAAGAUUGCUCCUGAGAUGGCCAUUCAACCAGAAGAUGCAAUUGUUUCAGCACCUAUUAUAUUUUCUUCUAUUUUCUGUGGGCAAACAUUUUAAAACAAAUGUGGUGAAAUAGUGGGGCGGUGUUUCACGGGUUGACCCAGGCUACGUAGAACAGAUAAAUUUCAGUGAAAUUCUGCUGUGUAACACCUACAUCCAUUGAACACUAAAUCUUUCCUAACUCAACUGGAAAAUUUGCAUUUUAUGAAGUUUUUGGAAUGAAGUAAUGCAGGACUUUUUCAUUCCAUUACUGAGAGAGACUCCCCUCUUUUCCCCACCCCAAAUCUUUUUAAAGUUGGUAGCUUCUUAAAGCUAAUUUGUGUUUUGAGGUGGCAAUGGCAUAUCUAAAUUAUGGCCAAAUAUCAUGGCAAAACCCUUUCUGCCCCCCUCAUUGCUCUCAUAUGUAAAUAUUACUUUACCCAAGCUCUUGUCUAAAAUUCAAAAGCAAUCAAGCAAGGUGGAUAAAAAAAGUAAGUCUUCAUUCUUAUGCCAGCUAAUUUGCAAAGAUACGGUUAAUUCUGGAUGCAACUUGACUGUUUUAAGGAUGGAAAGGGUGUGUAAAUGUCUCUUCACGAACAUUUUGAAAAAGUGUUCAUGUUGUAGAAGCAGUUGGGUUUUUUGUUUGUAAAAAAACACAAUUUUGUGCCUUGAAUCUGAGCAUCUGUAUUAGUGGAAUAUUGUAACGGUGAACUUCUACCUCUAUAUCUAAAUGUAUACCAUCCGCUUGUAAAUUUACUAUAAAACAAAUCCUGUGGUGACUUUUUUUUUUUUUUUAGAAUGUCAUGUUAAAUAGUGACCAACUUUUGUGGUUAUUAAAGUGAGCCACUUUGUUCUUUAAG